AUGCCGACGCUCGCCCCCGAACCCGCCCUCUCCUCCCUCAGCACCGGCGCCGACGCCCUCCGCUCUCUCGACGCGCCCGCUCCCAACCACGGCCCUUCUGCCGCCGAGCUCCGGCACAUCACCUCCACCACCCACCUCGCAAGCCCUGCUCGCGAGCGCAAGCUCUCAAAUCGCACCUCGGGCCACUUGCGCACCCACCGCCUUGGCUCGCGUUCUCCCGCUUCCAUUCCCUCCUCCCCAACCUCGGUCCACUCCUCUUCCUCCGCAAUUUUCGAGCGCGACAUCGAGCCCAUCGCAUCCCCUCAUUCCUACUCCUCUGACCCCCACCACAUCCCUCGCGCCAAGUUCACCGAGGAGAUUGAACGCUCCGUGCCCUCUGUGCUUGAUAGCGCCGCUGCUGUCCUCGCCUCCAGCACUGACGAUGAUGACCUCGACACCAUUUCUAUCGUCACUCCUGCCCCAUUGGAGCCUGUCGGCUACCAAAGUGGCUUCACGAGUCCCAUAUCAAGGUUGAGCAGUCGGAGCCCCAGUCCCUCGGGAGGCAAUCGCCGUAGUUUGCUCUUCAGCAACUCUCUUCCCGGUUCUCCGCCCAAGCCCAUCCAAGGUUCGCCCCCUCCCCGCCCCAUGGUCCAAACCGGCCCUGUACCCCUCGCACAUGUGUCCGGUCCGCAGUCUACGGUUACGCCGACUCCGUCGUCAGCGCACUUCUCCGCUGCAUCGGAUUCGGAGUCCAACUCUUCCUCUCCUACGACUGCUACCCACACCGAGCAUCCCCUGCACGGGCUUAACAACCUGUCGGUCGCGGUUCCGGCUGCUUUGGGCUCGCAUCCCCCUUCACCGAAGAAUGUUAACAAGCGGCUUUCGUUCAUCUCGUACAUGGACCUUCUUUCCUCCACUCCUGCCUCCGCCGUCCCGUUGUCGACUCUCACGUCCUCCGCGAUCGUGUCGGAGCCCCCUCCUCACAUCCCGAGCGUGAUCGGACACCCGCAAGCACAAUAUGCCGCAAGCUCGAGCGGAGGCAGCAUUCACGGAGCGCCGACAUAUGUCCUGGAGCGCGACGGCGUCUCGGGAGUGAUAGAUGACGUCGGUGGUGAGUGGGAACGGGAAGGCCUCGGGAAGGGUCUCGAAGAGCGCCUUGAAGGCCUCAUGGCGGCGACCGCAGUGCCUUCCAAGGCCUAG